CGUACAUCCCAACGGUUUCACAAAUGGUGGGACCCUUCCCGCUGAUUAGAACUAGUUCCUAAUCUUGCGCCCACAUCGACUCCUGCACUCGACCGCCGGCCACCAUCGCUUUUUCACCAGAAUCUCAGCAAGCCACCGUCCUCCCUCUCUCUCUCUCCGGCCAUGGACUCGGGAGAGCAACCUCCGAAGAAGCGGAAGCUGCACGAAUCCCAACCAGAACUGCCUCCAUCGCCGCCAUUAUUACAACCACCGCCACCACUGCAAACCCUAGCCCCGCCGCGGAGCGUGGGCGCUCCGCAAUCUCUGUCUCAGGAGGAGAUUAUGAAGAAACGGAGAUACAGAGACGAGAUUCGAAGUGUAUACGAUUGCUACAAGCGGAUCAAGUUUUGCCUUUCGAAGAAUGACUCUGCUCUCACGCCGGAGCUCGAGCAAGCUUAUCUCUCUCUCAUCACUGCUUCCAGAGGUUGUACGAGUGUACAACGCAUUGUUGCUGAUCUCAUUCCUCGGUAUGCUUCAAAAUGUCCAACUGCCCUUGAAGCUGCAGGGAAAGUUGUUAUAAAUAUGUAUAACUGGAGCAUGGCAGUAAUAAAGAGAGGAGAGGAUGCUGAUGGUGUUGCAUUUCAGACUGCUAAAUCCUGUGUUCUUGGUCUAGCUGAUAUUUGCUGCACUGCAUCUUCAGUGGCACCAACAUCAUCCGUCAUUCGGGGGAUUUGCUCUGCAGUUUUCCAGAAUGUGCUCACCUUCUUCAUAUCCUCCUGUGAGGGAAAGGAUGUCUUUCUUAUUGUUGGGAAAGAAACUGUGAGAAUACAAGAUUCCUCUCAAAAAUUUUCUGAGCUAAAGCAAAAGGUUUUAGAUGAAAAUGAAUCGUCACCUAUUAAAUUAUCCAAGUUAUGUGCUCUCAGUUUAAUAUGGAUUCUCUUUAGUUAUCCACAAAAAUUACUCGCAGCCUGGUUUGAACUCUUUAAAUCCAGUGCAUCGGAUGGAGUUCUGAAAGGGCAGUAUUUUCUAAGGCAAAUGACAAGCAGGCUUGAUAAUGAUGGUGGAUAUCCUUUCGGUAAAACUGGUGAUGAAUCUAAAUCAAGUACAGGUUAUACUGAAUCUAGCACCAGAGGCUGCGAGGUUAGCUCUGAGCAGGUAGCAUCAGAUGGCAAUCAUGUCUAUGGGGAUGCAUCAACAAUUUCAGAGAGCUGCUUGUUAGGACUGGUUCUUAGCAAAGAUCCGUCAUUGCAAAGUUGGAUGUUCUCAAAGUAUAAAAAGUUAUGUAAAUCGUCGUCUUCCAAAGUUUUUAAUGAUAUUAAAUCUUCUUUGGAAGAUGUAUUUAAUUCAUUUUUAGGGCGAAUGGAUGUGGGAGAUGAUCAAGUGGAUAGUGAUGAGGAUGAUUCUGAUCCAUCCAGAUUUAUUGAACGAGCAUAUCUGGUUCCUAGGUUCUCUAACCAACAUGAGGCCUGUAGUGAACUGUAUGGAAAAGAUAGUUCCAAUCAGGAGAGUUGGGGAACAAGGUCCACAAACUCUGAGAUUAGGGAGCAUGGAGAUAUGUCACAUGGCAGGUCUUCUGUGCCAAGGGACCUAAUGAACCACCAGGUUCUUUCACCUGUCACAAGAUCUCCACUAAAUUUCAGGAGUAAUUCAUUUGAUGGGAGAAACAUGGUCAUCUUGACAAGAAUCAAGAUGCAAUGGAUUUUGGCUCACCUCUCAUGAUCUUCAAGUGGUGGUGUAAAUAGUUCUUUUGAAUCUCCUAGACCUCAUAUGGUGUCACCAUAUACUUCCACAACAACUCAAAUUGUUUGGUAUUCGGAUGGGGAUAUUGGAGCCAUGGAUAUUUUCUCCGCCUCUAAGCAGCUCUGGCUGGGCUUUUCAGGAUCUGAUGCGUCUGAAGCUCAUGUAAGGUUUCAGUUAGAGAGGUUUGGUGCAGUAGAACAAUUUAUUUUCUUCCCACUCAAGGGGUUUGCCUUGGUAGAGUACAGAAACAUUGUGGAUGCCAUAAAGGCUCGGGAAUAUAUGCGUGGACAUUUUCCUUGGCACGUGAAGUUUAUGGAUAUAGGACUGGGAACUAGAGGUACCAUGAAUGGCAUUGCAGUUGGUUCUAGUUGCCAUGUUUAUGUUGGAAAUGUAUUAAGUCAAUGGGCCAAGGAUGAGACUCUGCAUGAAUCAAGAAAAGUGAUUUACAAGGGUCCUUACAUGGUCACUGAUCUUAGCAAUGAAGGUGCGUUACUGAUGGAAUUUGAUACUCCUGAAGAAGCUGCUGCGGUUAUGGCACAUCUCAGACAACAUCGCAAGGAAAGGAGUAACCACAGGCCACCAUAUGGUGCAGGGCCAGCUAAUGUCGUAAUAUCCCAAACUGAUGGUGCAAGAUCUGCACCUACCCCUACUCAUAUUGACAUAAGAAGCAGCACCCCUGGAAACAUGUCCAGUAGUCAUGUUGCUGCACCGUUUUCAGUAAAUCAUGAGAGCCACCCCAUGGAGCUUGCAUCCCCUAGAGUAACAUCCGAGAAUCAGGGGAAUACUGUACAGAGUGGAUAUUUAUUUCAGUCAAAGAGAGCUACUGGCUCCACGGAGAUGCUUGAAUCUGGCACCCCAAAGCUUGAUGGUUAUGACAAUAACUCACCUGUGGAUCCUUCACAAGGUAGUCAUGCCAUUUCUCGUGCUGCUGAACAAAAGUGGAUGUAUGCAAAACCUGGAAUGGAGCUGCAUUCCGCACCAGGGAGCAUUCCUUGUGUUCCUGUGCCAACACAGGGACCCUGUGUCCCACCUCCACUCCAAAUUCACUCAUCUCCAUUUAUACGGCCUGUUUACCCCCCUCCAAGUUGUUCUUGGGAUCCACGGGGUGUAAAUCAUAAUCCUCCUUUGAACCCAAUCUCACCCGGUGUAAUGCCCAACAAUUUUCAUGGGAAUGCUAUUGUAGCUCCCUUCAUUCCUGCUUCUGUGACUCCACUUGCACAAAUACAAGGAACUCCAGCACAGCAAUUUGACCAAAUGUUUUCAGUACCGAUAAUUCCACCACCGUUAUCAUCUCAACCACCUCCUCUGCCUGAAAUGCCACCUCCAGUGCCCCCAUCUCCACCACCUCUGCCUCAGUCGCAGCCGCCUUUUGUUCCUCCUCCUCCCCAUUCACCUCCUCCACCUGUUCCAGAAUCAUCUGGUGUGGAAAGUUCUGGACAACGCUCUCAGUAUCAGUGGCAGGGAAUGUUAUGCAAAAGUGGUGUUCAUUACUGUACUGUUUAUGCGCAUAGGGUGGAUUCAGAUAUAUGCAAAUAUUUGAAUGCCAUUUCUGAACCUAUAGAAUGGCCUGCUAAGUUAGACAUGACCAAGCGUACAGAUUUUCGGCAUGUGAAGUCAACAUUUACUAGCACCCCACCACAUAAAAGGGAGGUAUGCAGAUUGAUCCCAGCUUCUGCAGGCGACCACAAGGGCUUUCAGGAUUUCGUUUCAUACUUGAAGCAGAGGGAUUGCUCAGGAGUGAUCAAGAUCCCGGCUGUGAAAUCCUUAUGGGCGAGGCUUCUGUUCAUACUUCCACACUCUGAUGACAUUUGUGCUAUGCUCUCUAUUGCACCGAGUCCUCCUGAUUGUCUCAUUGCUCUAAUAUUACCUAAAGAAACAAACUUCGAGUGGGUAUGAUCUUCUAAUUUAUGAUAUGGGUGGAAGUCUCUGCAUACAUGUGCUUCUUAUGCCCUAUAUAGCUUAUUGGAAGAAACUAUGCUUUAUGCUUUCUAAACUAGUUGAGUUUUUGCUUUCCUGCUUCUCUUCUACGAAGGCAAUGAUGAAAGUUUUGAAUGUUAUUAUCGUCGGUGACAUAUUUCUUUUUAUCUUCUUGUACAUGGUACAUAUCGCAGCAAACUUUAUAGUAUAAGGGUUGUUUCGGCUUAGCAGAGGCCGAUCGACAGAAUUUUCUCUCUUGUAGAAUAGAAAUGCCCUGGCAUGUGGAGCUUCUGUGGAAUUUAGUUCCCUGAAGAUGUUAACCUUUUCUCUAAUGUUAGUGCUAAAAAUUUUAGAUAUCACUGACCGCUGUGUAAAGAUUAUUUCUCUGAAGCUAUGCUGCCAUUGUUUUUUCAUCUCGGAAAGUAAUUUUUCUUUAAUA